UUCAUUUUUAUUUUUCUUUAGUCUAUUCAAGAUUUCAAUCAGUGGACUUGUUUUAAAUUCUCUGGGAUGGGUUCCCUUUAAUCCAUAAACCGUUUCCAUCAAAAUUUAUUAUCUCUCUUCUGCUCUCUCUCUCUCUCUCUCUCUCUCUCUCUCUCAAUAUAGAUGGAUUUGGCUUUGAGUUUGGGGGAAACACCUAAGCCAUUCACAUUUCUUGAUAAAUCACAGAAGAUUGCUGGGAAUGAUUUAGGGUUCUGCAUGGCUUUUGGCGAGAAAAGUGCUGAAGCUGAUACCGGAGGCAAAGUUUCAUUAGAUUCAGAUCUACCGAUUCAGCUUGACCUUCUGCCUUUCUCUCCUGUUCCUCGGAAUCAAACUUCGUUCGAUAAGCUUCAUUUUUCAUGGUUGAACGAAAAUUUGGUUGGUGAACCAGGAAACGUGAACCGGAGGAUUGGAGGGGUGGAGGAGGCUGAAGAAGCCAUGGCUAUUUCGUCUCCAAAUAGCACAGUCUCAUCAUUUCAGAUGGACUUUUCAAUCUACAGAAAUGGAAGGGGAAAAAGAGAUUUUGAAACUGUAACACUUGAAGGUGAUGCUGAUAGAGGAGGGGCUUCUUCAAGGGCAAGUGACGACGAAGAAAAUAGUAUGGCCAGGAAAAAACUCAGACUCACUAAAGAACAAUCUGCUUUUCUUGAAGAAAGCUUUAAAGAACAAAGCACUCUCAACCCAAAACAGAAGCAAGCUCUAGCAAAGCAGUUGAAUCUUCGUCCUCGCCAAGUAGAAGUGUGGUUCCAGAACAGAAGAGCUAGGACCAAGUUGAAGCAGACAGAGGUAGAUUGUGAGUAUUUGAAGAGCUGCUGUGAGACGUUAACAGAAGAAAAUAGGAGAUUACAGAAGGAGCUUCAAGAAUUAAGAGCUCUAAAAGCCUCUCAACCUUUCUACAUGCAGCCUCCUGCAACAACUCUCUCGAUGUGUCCCUCUUGUGAACGAGUAUCCACCACCACCACUUCUACCGCUGCCCCCUCUCCAACCACUGCUAUUGCCUCUGCCGGCGGCAUGACUCCAUCUAAUACGGGACUAUCUCUUGCUAACCCUAAAUUAUUUUCAUUUUCACCGGGCCAAAUCCAUGCUCAACAAGCUGCUUCUUAGGAUUUAGAGCUAUGUUGGUUUGCCUAUGUACAUGUAAGGUUUUGAUCAUAUAUUCAUUUCUUCUCUACUGAUUAUUUUGAUUUCUAGUGGCUUGUUGUUCUGAUUAAUAAGUCAGAUGAGGUUUGAAAUAAUACUGGUAGUUUGACUGAGAAUAUGUACAAGAGCUUUGAAUGGAAAAAGUAAUAUUAGUACUCA